AUGCCCACCGCAGUCCGCUCAGCAUCCCCGCGCCGUAAUGGCAUCACCAAGCUGACCAACUGCCGCCUGCUCCGCGGCGAUGAACUGGUAUGGGACGACGCCUGGGUGAGCUCAAUCACAGGCAAGAUCAUCCGCAGCCAGUCGGCCUUCUACGAAGAACUCAUCAUGCCGGACGAGGUCAUUGACCUCGGCGGUCGCAUCGUGUCGCCGGGCUUUAUCGAGUGUCAGCUGAAUGGGGCCUAUGGCUUCAACUUUUCCACCGUUACUGAAGACAUGGCUCAGUACGGGAAACAGCUGCGGGAUCUGAACAAAAAGCUGGCCCAGACUGGUGUAACUUCAUACCUUCCCACCGUGACAAGCCAGAAGAGCAAUCUCUACAAGAAGGUCCUCCCCUAUCUGGGGCCCUCCGGUGCCUCCCGCCGUGCCCAUGACGGCGCCGAAUCCCUCGGAGCCCAUGUCGAAGGCCCGUUCUUGAACCCAACCAAAAACGGCAUCCACAACACCUCCAUCAUGCGUGUCGCCUCAUCCUUUUCUGACCUGGAAGACAUGUACGGCGCCGCCAACAUCACCCCGCCCUCCUUCUCGGGGUCCCAGUCCCCGUCCAGCGUUAGUGACGACACAAGUCUCUCCUCCUCCUCACCGAUUACGAGCAGUGACAUUCCGAUCAAAAAGAUCACCGUCGCCCCCGAGCUCGGCGCCAUGACCUCCCUCAUCCCCGAACUCACCGCCCGUGGCAUCAUCGUCUCCAUCGGCCACUCCGAAGCCACCUACGAAGAAGCCUCGACGGCCGUGUCCGCCGGCGCGACCAUGAUCACGCACCUGUUCAACGCCAUGCGGCCGUUGCACCACCGGAACCCGGGCAUCUUUGGCGUGCUGGGUGUGACCGAGACGACAAGUAGGCCGUAUUUCGGCUUGAUCGCGGACGGCAUCCACCUGCACCCGGCCACCGUCAAGAUCGCCUGGCACGCGCACCCGGCGGGUCUGAUCUUGGUGACGGACGCCAUGCACAUGGUGGGUCUGCCCGACGGGCGGUACCCGUGGACGAACGGGGAGGGCGAGCAUUUUAUCGUCAAGAAGGGCGGCGUGCUGGAGUUGGAGGGCACCGGAGUUAUCGCGGGCAGCUCAACCACCCUAAUCGAAUGCAUCAACAACUUCCUCAACUGGUCUGGCGCCACCAUCCCCCAAGCCCUCAAGACAGUAACCGCCACCCCAGCCACCAUGUUGGGCGCGCAAGGAAUUAAAGGCACCCUGGACGCCGGCGCUGACGCCGACCUCGUGGUUCUGUCCGAAACAGUCAGCGACGAUGGAGGUAGGCGGGAGCUAGUCGUUGACGAGGUUUGGAAGUUUGGCGUGAAGAUUUUCGAGAAGGGACACGAAAACGGUAGGAAGAGUUCUUUAAGGGAGUGA